AUGCGUGCCACGUCAAUUCUCGACGUGACGCCGCCGCCGUGCAAGCUUCCGUCCUUCUGCGUGACUGGACUUGCCACGUAUUUAGCCAACGUCACUACUCAUACCGUGGCUUUGCAGCACAUAGCAGUAGCUCAUUGCGAAUCCCAAGACCGAGCUCUGCUUUAUCGUUUUGGACGCUUCAUCAGCCAUGUUGUUGAGUGCGACCAUGUCACAUUUUCCGCCGCUACGCCUUCGGUUGGACGUAUCUGGGUUCAGGCCGUGAAUCCGCCCCAGGGAGAACCUGAGCUUCACAUUUUGGCAGGCGGCCAUGAAAAGACGGUCCAGAGCGACUUUAGUAUAUGUAUCACAGCUCAAAACACACAUGCUGCUUCCACCGAAGCCACAGUAGCCGAGAAGACACCAUUCAUCCUCUUGGUCGAGCACAUAGAGGUAGACAAGAUCAAUAUCAGUCUCAGCUUGCGCAGCGAUUACGGGGGUACUAUCGCGGCAGAGCACCUGGCCGUUUUGGUUGCUGCAUACUUGAAGUCCGAUUCCACCGAUGCGACAGGUGGUGUGGCAGGUCUCGCACCGUCUCGCGUCAACUUUGCGCCAUUUUUGCGGGAUCAAGCCAACGGGGCGAACGGUAAUGCCGCUUCACACCUCCUUCAUAGCGCAUUUGAAGACUGUGUUCGGCAGCAUCCCGACAAUAUAGCAGUCGAAUAUCUGUGUCGAACGUCUCCAACGUCCGCACAAAGAUCCACCACGACUACCUAUACCCGCCGUGAUGUCACGUACGCCGAAUUGAACGCUGAAGCAAACGAGCUGGCGUUGGAACUUGGGUUGAUGUUGCAAGUGCUCAAAGAUAAGUGGCGUCCAGUCUCAGGCGACCAGUAUGCGGUACCUCUCUUGAUACUACCAAGCCCGGAACUUUUCGUAGCUAUGCUGGCCAUUCUCAAAUUGGGCCAUGCAUUCAGCUCCCUUCCAUCCGAUGCACCGGUCGAACGGCUCAGAGCAAUUAUUGACGACCUUGGUGCACCAGUUCUGUUUGGGGUUGGUCCAGCGCCUUGGGGAGAUCUGGCAGGCUCGCGGGAGGCUUUCGAUGGCAUCCUAUGGGUUGACAUCGCCAGUCCCUCCGCCUGGCGCAGAGAUUUCCUUAUAGACGACAUGCCAAGUCUGAGCGUUCGACGUACGAGCGAGGAGGACAUCUGUUAUCUAUUCUACACAAGUGGCUCUACCGGGAAACCGAAGGGUGUGCUUGGCCCUCAUCGCGCCGCCGUCACCUGCGUAGCAUCCACGCUGCAGGGCCCGCUCUCGCACCUCCCUGCCGGUCCUCGGCUUCGCUGGCUCAGUUUGAGUGCCCCGUCAUUUGACCCGUUCAUCAUCGACACCUUUGUGCCACUUUCAAUCGGCGGUGUGGUCUGCGUCGCUGAACGUGACCUGCUCCUGACAGAUCCGGAAGCCUGCGCCCGUGAACUGCGUGCGACAGCUUCGUACGCUGUCGCCAGCUUAGCACUGCUAAUGCGGCCCGAGAAAAUGCCUGAGCUGAAGACGUUGAUUGUUGGAGGUGAGUCUGUCAACAGCCGGGUGAUUGAGAAAUUUGCGCGCGUUCACGGGUCAACCCACGCAGAGGACGACAGGUAUCUGAUCAACGCGUAUGGUCCUACCGAGACGACCAUCUUCAUGACGGCUGAGCCUUGUACGCAGGCCUCACGUAGUUCCAUUAUUGGCGACGCCUUAUCGUCUGCCUUUUGUCUGGUGGUUGAUCCAGAUUCACUCGAUGCUGGGAAACUGAGAGAAAAGCCCUUCGGGCUCUCAGGUGAACUCGUUGUCGGCGGUCCCCAGGUUGCUCAGGGGUACCUCAACCGCGAAAAGGAAACGUCACGGGCAUUCAUCUCUGCGUGCCAAUUCCCGGAGCUGGAUCUGCCUUUGGGAAGAAUGCUCUACCGAACAGGUGACAAGUCUCGCGUGGUCUGGUCUGCUGAUGGGAAACCCAGCAUCGAUUUCUUGGGCCGCAUCGAUGCUGACCAGGUCAAGCUGAACGGCCGCCGUGUAGAACUCACGGAAAUCGAGAAUGUACUGGCUGGUGCCGAAGGUGUGGCAGCUGUGGCAGUCGUUGUCGUAAAGAAGCCAGGAGUGGGAUCCUCCCAUCUUAUAGCGUUUGUUUCACUCUGGCCGGAUCAAGAUGAAAAAGACGUUGUGGCUAGGUGUCGGGCUCAAGCGGAGAGAUUACUGCCACAUUGGAUGUCUCCAGAGACUUACACCAUCCUUAAUCAACUGCCCUGGACGGCAAGUGGAAAGGUGGAUCGGAAGACUUUGGUGCGUGUCGCCGUUGCCGAUGAAGCUCCUGUCCCGAGUCACAGUUCGAACGCUACUUCCCAGCAGGUGAAGAGUGCGGACACCGAGAAGCAACCCAUGGACUCGUCAUCAAUCGUUAACCGUGGUAUCAUUACUGCUAUUGGCAAGGAUGUUGCUGACUUAGAUCCGAAUACACCUCUUCUAAGCCUCGGACUGGACAGUUUACGGGCCAUGGUGCUCCUCCAGAGAUUGCGGGACGACGGGAUAGAAGUAUUGGGCUUGAGCGAGGUUCUCUCGUCUGAAACUGUCCGCGAUCUGACAAAUCUCGUCCAGUCUAGACUGUUGACGGCAACAGAAGAUACGGUGAUGACGAUGAAAACGCAGCCAGAGAAACGUUUUGAUUUUACCAACGAGAACGGACAACACAAGAUGGAGACUUCCACGAGCGAAGCUGAUAAUGUGGACGUUUCCGCAAUCGCCAUCGAUGACGAAGAAGCUCUCUACGAACUUUCAAAUACUGCGAAACUGCGACAUUUCUCUCACCACUGCCGAGACAAGUGCGCGUCUUCCCUCGCACUUACGGCCUCUGACAUUGAGCAGGUUUUGCCGGCCACCAAUACACAGGUCCGCAUCUUAUACAUCGCGACACGUCACGGCUUUGUCGAUCCAUCCCGAUACUCCGGUCGACCACAGAUUGAGCAUUUCGUGUACGAUUUGCCUCUUGACAAACUUGACCCGGUCCGUUUCAAGAGGGCAGUCAAUGUCGUCCUCCAGAGACAUGACUGCUUCCGAACCGUUUUUUGUAACGUCAACCACCCGCUGUUCCCCUUUGCCAUGUGCAUCCUCAAUAAGGAAUCAGAGCGUUGGAAGAUUCCAACAGUCGAAAUAGUGUGCAAUUUUGACAACAAAGAUAACGAACGGUGGCAGAACACAAUAGCCUCGUGCCAACAAGCUGCAGAACACUCCAUGAGCAUGGACCAAGCAGGUGUUACGGUGACUUGGGUCCGUUCCGCGGAUGGUAACCGCGACAUCAUGGUCUUAUCACUAUCUCACGCAAUCUACGAUGGUAUUAUGCUGUCGCAUAUACGCGAGGGGAUUGCCACGGAGUAUGUCAAUCCUGGGAGCACACCAUCGGGUAUCCAAGGACACACAGACAGUGGCACCAAUCUCGCGCUCCUGCCUAUACGCGCAACUGUCGAACUUUUGCUUGAGCGCGGUGAUUGGACUGAGACCAUGUUCUACUGGAUGAAACGUUUGGGAGGCGUGCCAAACUUCCACAUUGGAUCCAAGAGACCUGUUCCUCAUGUAGAGAGAUCCCUCGCGCAGAGUGGGGUCAACGAGAUCACACACAUGCGCAGAUCUGCGCUCAGCAGCAGUCUGUCCAUGCAAGAGCUCUCAAAGAGUGCCACAUCGAGUUUGGGUACCACUAUGGCCAGUGUAGUUCAAGCAGCAUGGGUGAGCGUCCUAGCCCAAACCAUCGAGGCUGCUGACAUCUCCAGCGGCGGCCUCCUACACGCUCAGUUCGGAAGCAUAGUAAAUGGUAGAACGACGCAGGACCUGUGGCGAUGUGUCGCUCCGGUGCUCACAACCGUGCCGAUACACCUACCCUUGAGUCUCGGGGGCAAGAAGAAAAACCCAACCAACCGCGAGGUAUGCCGCAUGCUUGCCGCUCAAAACACCGACGCCUUACCGUAUAUCGACGUUCCUUGCCCAUCGGUCGAGAUGUUUGAGAUGGGUCAUGCCCGAUUUGACACCGUCUUGAACCUGCAGGCGUAUCGGAGCUGUGGUGGUUCUUCCGCGACGAAGGAUGAUGUUACGAUGCGAGAUUUGCCCGGAUGGGACAACUGGCACAACCUUUUGCCUCCGUUCAAGGAAGUAGACGUUGGAUCAGUCAUCAUGAUGGAAUUGUGGCCGGCGUUUGGGCCCCAGGGUCCUGAUUGGUAUGAUAGAAUGACGCUCAAAGCGACUUAUAAUACUCGCAGGCCAGGCUAUGAGUUUUUGACAGAGGAAUGGAUGGCUGGCAUGCUGAAUGCCAUGGAAGACGCGCUGGUGAGAAUCCUGGCGCAGCCGGAUGAGGAGUUUUAUGUUAGGUAG